AUGAGUGGUUAUAACAGGUGGAAUCCGGCAAUAGGAAUUGACCUGGGGACGACGUACUCGUGCGUGGGGUACUGGAAAGACGACCGAGUUGAAAUCAUAGCAAAUGAUCAAGGCAACAGAACUACACCAUCCUAUGUGGCUUUUACAAACGAAGAACGUCUCAUUGGAAAUGCAGCUUUUAACCUAGUUGGCCUCAAUCCGACUGCGGCCGCAUACGUCGGUUCAACGGUGAAAGACGCCGUUAUAACAAUCCCGGCGUAUUUUAACAAUGCUCAGCGUCAGGCAACCAUAGAUGCCGGAAAGAUCGCGGGAAUCAAUGUCUUGCGAAUUAUCAAUGAACCGACGGCCGCUGCCAUUGCUUACGGCCUAGACAAUCAUUCCAGCAUCACGUGGAAAAGGAAUGUUCUUGUAUUCGACCUCGGAGGUGGUACUUUUGAUGUCUCGGUUCUUACCAUUAGAAAUGGUAGCAUCGAAGUUAAGGCAACCGGUGGUGAUACUCACCUCGGAGGGGAGGAUUUCGACAAUCGAAUGGUGAACCAUUUCGUUAACCAGUUCAAGAGGAAACACGGAAAAGAUAUCAGCCAAAAUCCCAAAUCCGUCCGGAGAUUGAGAACAUCUUGCGAGAGGGCGAAGAGGAUCCUUUCCUCCACUGCUCAGACGAAAAUCGAGGUGGAUGCCCUAUUUGAAGGCAUUGAUUUUUCGGCAACUGUGACCCGUCCCAAAUUCGAACAGUUGAAUUCGGAUUUCUUUCUCAGGUGUAUGGAGACGGUUGAAAAGUGUUUGAUGGAUGCCCGAAUGAGCAAAAACGAGGUUGGUGAGAUUGUCAUGGUAGGCGGUUCGAGCAGGAUUCCUAAGGUUCAGCAGAUGUUACAAGACUUGUUUCAUGGGAAGGAGCUUUACAGAAACAUCAACCCGGAUGAGGCCGUCGCUUAUGGCGCGGCAGUUCAGGCCGCAAAGUUGAGCAGUCAGGGUAACGAGUGGGUUCAGGACCUUAAAAUCGUCGAAGUUAACCCGUUAUCUCUAGGUGUCGAACUACAUGGAGAAGUCAUGAGUGUUGUGAUUCCGAGGAAUUCUUCCAUUCCUGUCAGAGUGACACAACCCUAUACUACGGUUUUCGAUCACCAGGUUAGGGUGACAUUUAGGGUGUUUGAAGGUGAGAGAGCAAGAUCAACCGACAACAACUUGUUGGGUAAAAUUAGGCUAGACGGAAUUCAGGUCGCCCCAAGGGGAGUCCCGGAACUCGAGGUCUGCUUCGAUUUACAAGCGAAUGGCAUUCUGAAGGUACUGGCGCGCGAUAAAAUCACGGGUCAAGAGGAGAGGAUCAAUAUCACAAGUGGAAGAUUGUCAGGGGUUGAGAUUGAGAUGAUGAUGCAGGAAGCGAAAAGGUAUAACGCGGAGGACGAAAUGCACAGGAAAAAGUAUGAAGCAAGGUGCGACUUUGAGAGUUAUGCUACUCAGGUGAGAGAUAAGCUAAGAAACAACACCGCGUUUUAUUAUACUGAGAAAUGGAAGGUUGAAGAUGCAAUUAACAAAGCGUUUCAAUGGUUGGAUGCAAUGGAUGAGCUCGCCGAAGUCGAUGAAUAUACUAAGAAAAAGAUGGAACUGAUGUUUUGUGUCUAG